UGUGGUCUGCUUAUUACAUGUCCUCAGGACCCGCUGAGGUUUUUAGAGGAAAUGAUCAUCAUUAUAAUGAAAAAUGGCCUCGAAAGUCUUCUCUGGGAUAUGUGCAUUGAUCCAUCAAUGAAACCCAAAAUUCGGAGAUUAUCUGAAACUUACUUGGAACAACUUUUUGGAUUGGAUGAUCAGCUGAUGACUCCAGACUUGAUGAUAAAAGCAUGCACUUUUUACACUGGACAUUUAGUAAAGAGCCACUUUAGCAGUUGGAAAGACAUAGCAAUUCCUCAAAUAAAGGAAGAAGACAUUCUAGCUAAAAAAAUGGAAAUAGCAAUUAAAUAUGACAAUUUAAGACUUCAAAAAUACACAUUUUAUCACUGGCACUCUUAUGUGAAAAGUAUAAAAGAACAACUUAAAGAUAUACUAUGGCGGUUACAACAGAUAUUCCGCUAUAACAAGUUAAUAAUAAUGCUACAUAAAUGGAAAGAUAGAGCAAGAUAUAAAAGUAAAAGGAGAGAAGAAGAGCUGUUGUUAAAACAUGAAAUUCAAUUGAGAAAAUGGAGAAACAGGAUUAAAAACAAAAGAGAUGUUGAAGAAGAUAUCGUUUCUGUUGAAGAGAGUCAGUCUGAAGUCUCUUUUGUAGGUGAAAUUACUGAAUGUGACAUUUCACUGUUACCAGAAAGAGUAAUAUUGCAGAUUUUCUUCAACCUCAAUUUAUACGAUGUGGUAAUUUGUGGUCAAGUUUGUCACUCCUGGAUGGCAAUGACACAAAACAGCUCAUUGUGGAAUCAUAUUGAUUUUUCCUCAGUAAAAAAUGUGGUCACGGAUAAAUAUGUGCUGUAUACUCUGCAAAGGUGGCGUCUCAACGUGCUGCGCCUGAAUUUUCGUGGUUGUCCUCUCCGAGCAAAAACUUUGAGAUCUGUCAGCCUCUGUAAAAAUUUGCAAGAGCUGAAUGUCUCUGACUGCUCAACACUCACGGACGAAACAAUGAAACACAUCUCUGAGUGUUGUCCUGGGAUCCUGUAUCUCAACCUGUCUAACACACAUAUCACCAACCGGACGAUGCGGCUCCUACCCAGGCACUUCCACAACCUACAGAAUCUCAGUUUGGCUUAUUGCAGAAAAUUCACAGACAAAGGUUUACGGUACCUGAAUUUAGGGGAUGGAUGCCACAAGCUCAUCUAUCUGGACCUUUCCGGCUGCACCCAGAUUUCAGUCCAAGGCUUCAGGAACAUUGCAAACAGCUGCACUGGAAUCAUGCAUCUGACCAUCAAUGACAUGCCAACUCUAACAGACAACUGUUUAAAAGCUUUAGUAGAGCAUUGUCAUCGUAUUACAUCAGUGGUUUUCAUUGGUUCACCACAUAUCUCCGAUCUUGCUUUCAAUGCCCUCUCUAAUUGCAACCUCAGAAAGAUCCGAUUUGAAGGAAAUAAAAGAAUUACUGAUUCAUGCUUCAAAUAUAUAGACAAGCAUUAUCCAAACAUUAGUCACAUUUACAUGGCGAAUUGCAAGGGAAUAACGGAUAGUAGCCUCAAGUCACUCUCACCUUUGAAGCAACUUAGUGUGUUGAAUUUGGCAAAUUGUAUAAGAAUUGGUGAUAUGGGACUAAAGCAAUUUCUUGAUGGUCCUUCAAGCACAAAGAUAAGAGAGCUAAAUUUAAGUAACUGUAUCCAAGUGGGUGAUGCCACUAUUCAGAGACUAUCAGAGCGCUGCCAAAACUUAAACUAUUUGAGUUUACGAAAUUGUGAACAGCUGACUGACUCAGGAGUUGAAUAUAUCUUAAACAUCUAUUCCUUGAUAUCACUAGAUCUCUCUGGAACAAAUAUUUCUAAUGAGGGUUUGUCGACACUUUCCAGACAUAAAAAAUUAAAGGAACUUUCUCUAUCUGAGUGUUAUCAAUUCAACAAUUAUGGAAUUCAGGUAUUCUGCAAAGUCUCACAAAUCUUGGAACACUUGGAUGUUUCUUAUUGUACCCAACUAACAGAUGAGUUUAUUACAACACUGUCCAUUUAUUGCCUUAAACUCACAUUUCUCAGCAUUGCUGGCUGUACAAAGAUUACUGACUUAGCAAUGGAGAUGUUAUCAGCAAAAUGCCAUUACCUGCACAUUUUGGAUAUUUCUGGCUGUGACCUGCUUACUGACGAAAUAUUUCAGUUUCUUCAGAUAGGCUGCCAACAGCUCCGGAUCCUUAAGAUGCAAAACUGCAGACUUAUUUCCAGGGAGGCAGCUAUGAAAAUGUCAUCUAUAGUUCAGCAGGAAUACAGCCCAACUGAAACUCCAGUUUGGUCUAGCUAUGAUGAUGAAGGCAAGCAUGUAACAGAAAGCAGCAGCGACGAUGUAACACCACUUAAAGAUAGAGAAUUGACAGUGAAAGAGUCAACAUACAAUAGUGAAGAGGAAAUAGUAUAACCUUCAACUCAAACAGAAGAACAAAAAAAUCUAGAAUUUGGUGAUUUCAUUUGAUGCAAAUAUUUUUAUUAGCUGGAUCUCAAUUGUAUAAACAGCAGCAAAUCAUCUCCUGAUUCUUACUCCAACUAUAAAUGUUUUUAAAUACAUCAUUAAAUCUUCUGUCUAAUAAUCAUGAUUUUUAAAAAGUCAA